AUGAAUUCACCUCAUGCUUACUCCUCGAUCGACAAGGGCCACGGGUCGAGGAAAACUUGCGAUUGGAACGAAUGUUCUGAGUCGUUCGUUGGGAGAUUAGAGGAGAAUGUGGAGUGCGACCCAUACCGCAUGCACUCGGCGCUCAGAGGAGUGAUCGUCUGAGCCUCUCGUGCUCCCUCAGCGGCUUCAGAAUGUCUGGCGCUGGCUCACCGCCGACAGACAACAGUUUCCCAUCGACUGGUACAGAAGCACCGCACACAACCGACAAUCAGUCAUUGUGCUUGACUCGCUCUCGCUCACCGAGGUUUCAUCUGCUGUGCUGUGCUUUCCAUGUGGGCCGUGUUGGCAUUCAGCUGGUGUGCUGGGCUGUGCCCCGACGUGCCGACGACGACGCGGAUCAGCAUGACGUCAACGACCCGCAGACCUAUCAGGACCUCGCGACGCCCAUGCCGGAGACCAGACAGGAGAACGCCAACCUCUACUUAUUCAGAUCCAGGCUGUAGUAUGCACAGCUGCACUAUACACAAAAGAACGCAUCGCAUCGACUGUCUGGCUGUCUGUCAGUGGGCACACGCGGCACUUUGAUCUCAUUCCGUUCAGCACAAACUACGUCCCAUUCGCGCAGGCGUACCGGCAGGAGCCUCUAAACGAUGUUGCCAACGACGAGGAUCGUUUGGUGGAAGCGGAAAUGCACUAG